AUGACAUCUUCAGUUGUGAAUACGCCAAUAGAGAAGAUACCAUUGGUGGUGUCACGGUGCAGAAAUGGGUUCCGCACUGGUGUCAUGCGCUCUCUAGAGCAGCGUAAAAAAAUAUUGCUCUCCUUUUUGCGCAUGCUGGAUGAAAACGAAGAGGCCUUUUGUCGUGCUGUGCAUUCAGACUUAAGGAAACAUCCAAAUGAAACCAAGUUUGCGGAGUUAUCCGUACUUCGGGUCGAGGCACAUCAUUUCUUGCAGCACCUGGACGAAUACGCCUCACCGGAGAAACCCCAGAUGGAAGGAGUCUUUCGCCUUGAGGAAUGUGAAAUUCAUCGCGAUCCUCUUGGCGUUGUUCUUGUCAUUGGCUCUUGGAACUAUCCGCUGCUACUUACAUUGUUGCCACUUGUUGGAGCCCUUGCCGCUGGUAACACGGUGGUCGCUAAACCAAGUGACUUGGCACCUGCCUCGGCGGACAUCAUGCAUGAACUUCUUCUUAAAUAUAUUCCGGAUUCAAUUGUGGGUCUUGUGAGGGGUGGGGUGACGGAAACAACGCACUUGUUAGAGGAGCGCUUUGAUUACAUCUUCUACACAGGGAAUUCGCGCGUUGCGAAGAUUAUUAUGACUGCGGCGGCAAAACAACUUACACCUGUCACUCUUGAACUUGGAGGGAAGACACCCGUGAUUGUGGAUGCUUCCUGUGAAAGUAAUUUGGGGGUGGUGGCACGUCGUAUCAUGUGGGGGAAAGUCCUGAAUGCAGGUCAGACAUGCAUCGCGCCCGAUUACGUUCUUGUGCAUCGUCAAAUUCAGACCAAAUUGAUUGAGGCGUUGAAGGAGGCGCGGGAUGAAAUGAUGGGUGCUAACCCGCUUCAGAAUCAGGAAGACUACUCAGCCAUUGUAAAUACCGACCACUUUGAUCGCCUUGUGGGCCUUUUUAAGGGCGGCACUCUUGCCUUUGGCGGCGAAAUGGACAAGGCGAAUCGAACCAUAGCGCCAGCUGUUCUGACAGAUGUUCAACUGGAGCAUCCGAUUAUGACGGAAGAAAUUUUUGGCCCACUGCUCCCCUUGUUGCCAUUUGACACCGCCAAUGAUGUGCUUCAGUUCCUUGGCCCCAGAGAGAAGCCGCUGGCUCUCUACAUUUUUGCGGAUGACAAGCGUUUUAUUUCCAAGGUGAUUGAAAACACCUUCAGUGGCGGUGUGCUUGUCAAUGAUGUCGUUGUACACGUGGCACCAAGCAGUUUGCCAUUCGGUGGGGUUGGGCAUAGCGGAAUGGGGGCGUAUCGCGGGAAGUUCUCAUUUGAGACCUUUUCGCAAAAGAAGCCUGUGAUGCAGCGGAAAAUGGGGUUGGAGUUUCUCAACGCCCCGCGGUACCCACCGUACACGUUGGAUAAGUUCCGUGUGUUUCGGCAUGCGGUAGAGUUGUCGGUGGGUGAAAAGUCGUUCAAUCAGCACUUGCGGCUCUUCUCGGAUCCAGCGCGAUUUGUUGCGCUGGGGGGUCACUUUAUUCGUUAUCUUAUGAAGGCACCACCGAAAAGGUAA